GCGGGAGUGUCUGUGGCUGGCAGGCAGAGGAGGGCGAGGGGAGCAGUGGUAGAGCAGGCUUUUCGUUUCUUUGUCCGCGCGAGUGGGGAAGCCGGACGUUCAAUGCCAUCUGAAUUGUGAUUAUGUGCUUGCUUUGCUUGAGCCGACGAGAUAGAUAACACGAAUUCAGCAGGCCCCUCCGCACGCGAAGCGAGGGCGUGCUAGUGUGUGUCUGUGUGUACCGUGUCACUCAAUCAAGAAUCGAUCGCCUUGAGUCUGCCCGAAACAAGAGUAUUCGUGUGGUUCAGUGCCUCAGCUUGGUCUAUUAUAUGUGCCGCUGCCGCCAAUCGUAGUAGUUCAGGGGAAGGGCGUAGGGGUUUGUCGUCCUUGCGUUUUUGUGCCGUCCAUACAUGAUCAGGUUUCCUGUGUGUUGUUUCAUUUCACAGCAGCGAUUUGGUCGUCUCGUUUUCAUUGAUCCAAUCCCAUUUUUAUUUAGAUUGGAUCGUGUGUUCUCGUUAAUCUGAGGCAUCGAGAGAACAAGAGUGGUGACAGAGAUUCAAUAACAAGUAUGAGCAGGGGGUGGAAGAACGCGAACUAUUCAAUCUCAUCACAUUGUAAGCUCUCCUACGACAACUUUCUUCUCUUCAGCGAUGCUGUCUGGCAGGAAACAAGAGAGGAUUUGAGAAAGAACAAGAGGAGCUCUUAUUCUUAGGAGAUCAAGCUCCUUACAUUUGUGUGGCAUCCCUCCUCCCACCCGAUCCUUUUAUUUUCGCUAUCCUUGAGCCAAUCCGAGGCCACACUUUCACUUGAUUAGUUCAUUCGCUUCACGGGAGCUUUGUAUCUGUAUUGCUAUCUCCGCAUCUCCUUUCAAAGUUCGAACAAAUUUAAGCUGCCUGAGAGACUCUCCUCCCCGGACGUGUAUAUGUCACUCGAAAAGCGGGAAAAUUGGAGAGCUUUGGAUAUGCUCUGACUGGAUUAUAGUAUACACGCCGAGGUCGAGUUUCAAGACAGUAAAUCUUUUUUAUCACCACAAGGGGUUCUUAGAGGUUUUGGCGCGCUUUUAGCGACACAACGGCUUUGAAAUAUUCCUUAUUGGAGAGUUACCUUUGAUGGUUCAUAUGCCAAGGGCACCUUGGCGAAGGGCAGGAGUCGUCUCGUCAUCUUCAUUGCACAACAAAAAUGACUCUUUAAGUGCCUGUUGAUACGCACAUUCCGCUCUUCUAUUCGAGUCUCUGUGGCUCCUCGAAAUUGCACCUUGUGGAAGCUUGUCCUAUAGAUCAGAUGACGGGAGUUUUGUCACUCUCAAUUUGAAAAGGUCGCCUUUAGUGAGAUGUAUCUUGGUUAGCCAGGAGCCCUGAAAUUCAUCUACCUUCCCGAUAGGUAAUGGAAGUGAGGUGUUGGAUUCAUUGUGGGAUAGUGUGGAACUGAACAAUAGUUGAAGUUGGACUCAGAAGCUCUCAUAAUUCGCUGUUAGAGAACAAACAAAUGUCUGAUCCAAGCGAAGCCGGUUUCUUUCCAAACGAUGGUUCAUUCAUGGAAAGAUUCAAGAGACUUCAACAAGAGCAGGAAGCUGUUAAGUUGGCCCCAAAGCCUGAUAAUCAGGAAUCUGUGUCAACUAGUGACAUUCAGCAGAGUAGCCCUGCUGUAAAAACAACAUCAGUCGCGAAACCCACAUCUGCUAAUGGAAAACUAGCAUUUAGUUUGAAGCAAAAGUCAAGGCUCGCGGUGAAUGCCAUCAAAUUGGGUGGCGAUGAUGAUGAAGAUACAGAGGAGGGUCUGAUAGAAAGACGUGCCAAGAAACUGAAGUCAGAAAGGAUAACGGGUCUUCCGGGAGUCACGUCAGAACAGGAAAAAGGAUUUUGUCCACCUCCAAGUGAUCCGGAGGUCAAGAAAGUUGCAGACAAGCUUGCUAGUUUUGUCGCAAUUAACGGCAGGCAAUUCGAGAAUAUCACCCGUCAAAGAAACCCAGGAGACACUCCCUUCAGGUUUCUGUUUGAUGUUAAUUGUCCAGAUUAUAAGUACUAUGAGUAUCGAGUCGCUCAAGAAGGACUCGCGCUUACUGGCGAGGAUUCCAAACCGGCAGAAGGAGGAAGCAGUAGCCGCAUGUCAUCUAGACAGCAAACCAGCUAUCAAAAGAAUAACCCUCAUCAGCGCACAAAUUACUCAAUACCAGCAUCAGCUCUCUAUUCGGACUCGAAAGAAGAUAGAAGGAGGCAACAGCGAGAAUCGUCUCAAGAUUACGGAAGUCAGUCAUCUUGGGCUACAGACUCCUUGUCAAUGAUGGAGUUUUACAUGAAGAAGGCGGCACAGGAGGAUCUGCGAAAGCCCACGAAGCUCACGAACGAUGAAAUGCCCCCAGCUGCAUCUCUUGCUCCUCCGCCUGAAAAAAGUUCUCGACUGUCUCCAGUUAUGUGGCCAGCAGAAGAACCUUCCACAGAAAUUUCGCGCCCAUAUUCACCACCGACCAAAGUUGUUGAUGACGUUUCCCAAGGUCCUCUGAAGAAGGGUCAUCACAUGGGUGAUUACAUACCUCCCGAGGAGCUUGAAAAAUUUAUGGCCAAGUGCAACGAUGCUAUGGCACAAAAGGCAGCCAAAGCUGCAGCUGAUCGAGCAAAGAUCCAAGCUGAUAAUGUUGGACAUCGUCUUUUAUCCAAGAUGGGCUGGAAAGAAGGUGAGGGACUCGGAAGUAGGAAAGGUGGUCGAUCAGAUCCUGUGCAAGCAGGGGCCGUGAAACUAAACAAUCUUGGAGUUGGUGCGGAGCAACCUGGUGAAGUUACACCAGAUGAUGACAUAUACGAACAGUACAAGAAACGGAUGAUGCUGGGUUAUCGCUUUAGACCAAAUCCACUGAACAAUCCUCGAAAGGCUUAUUAUUAGGGAGCUCCGUACGGACUGGCCUCUCAUAUUCGUAUCCACAAUGUACCACCAGUUGGAAAUUUUGAAUUAUCAGAUACGUGACAUUAAGGUCAUUUGUACAGAAAGAUACCUUCUAAUCUUUUCCUGAUGGAAGGUCAUAAAUCAGAUUGUGUCAUGAAUUACUUUAUGAAAGGUUAUUCCAGGGAUCACUAUCUUUUGACUAUGUGCGGUAGUUAAUUGAUCCCGCAAUCUUUGAAGGACAUUUGUCGUGCAUCUUCUUUUUGGAACUCACACGGGAUAGUUACGGCUGAAGCAUCAGUUGUGUCAAACUCAGUUCGAAACAUAUUGUUCUUUCUUCAGAAUGUAUCAGUGGCCCGCCGUCGUUCAUCCUGUCCGUCAUCGAUACAAAGAUGCGAGUCGAUGCAUCACGAGGUCAAUUGAUUAUCUCCAUGCCUCAUACCAGUGACAAAUUACCCCAGCAUAUCCUUGCGUUUGGAAAUGGGCACCCAGAUUCAAAACUAAACUAGAUUAUGAGUUCAUUAUCCCUGUCGGCCAGAGUUUGUGCUGGAGCAAGGAAUAAAUGCUGAGCCAUGA